AUGCCAGACGGUCUGUUCCGAGGAGCAGCCAACAGUGCAAGCCAGGGAGCCAAUCAGGGACUGCCUACACUGGAGACAGACCACAGAAAAGCACGGGAUGUACCAGAGGUGGAAGUCCAAGUCAAACAUAGAAGGACAGCCUCACUAAGCAACCAAGAGGGUCAGCUUUACCCAAGGGGAUCUCAGCAGCAAGUACCCAUGGCAAGUUUCCAGCCAGAACUGAGACAAGCAUUCUCAUCUGAGACAGUAAGAGAUGGUAUUAAGGAUCCUGAAAUCGACAUUGGAUUUGGUGCUGUUUUGGAACACCAACUACGACUGUGGGAAAGCGAGUUGCAGCAGCACAUUGACCAUAGAAUGAGAUGUAUCCUGCAAGAUGGCCAAAUCUUCAUUGGCACCUUUAAGGCUUUUGACAAGCAUAUGAACCUGAUCCUCUGUGAUUGUGAUGAAUUCAGGAAGAUCAAGCCAAAGAAUGUGAAACAUCUGGAGCGUGAAGAAAAGCGGAUCUUGGGUCUGGUGUUGCUGUGUGGGGAGAACUUGGUUUCCAUGACUGUGGAAGGACCCCCCCCCAAAGGUACCCAAAUGCCCAAAGGCAUUUCUCAGGUACCAUUUGCUGGAGUUGCAGGAGGCCCUGAGGUUGGCAGAAGAUCUGGCAGAGGAAUGCCAGCCGGUGUUCCAGUUCCCCAGGCUCCUGCUGGAUUAGCAGGGCCUGUCCGAGGGUUUGGGCGCCUUCCACAGGGAAGAGGCACUGUAGCAGCUACUCUUGUUGCUACUACUGGCAGCAUUGUUGAAGCCCCAGCUCAGUAUCCACCAGGAUGGGGGACACCACCCAUUCUUGGUCAAGCAAUACCACCUCCAGACAUUAUGGUUCCUCCACCUGAUAUGAGACCCACUCAUGGGCCCACCAACAAGCUUCCCUCUGCUCGAGGGAUGCCAGUAGGCAUGCCCUCUCCAGGAAUGAGACCCCUAUCUCCCCAGGAAUGCAUCCAUGAAGACCCUAGGAUACUUUGA